AUACCAUUUUUGAUCAAGUGCGGAGUAUAGAAAGGUGCGACUUUAGAAUGCGGCCCGAUUCAAAAUUCAAAGUUAAGCAAUUUCGGCUACAUUGAUUAGAUUUUCUUUGGUUGGUAGUAGCCGCCACCCACAUCACAUUUUAAGGACCACCCUAUGCAAUGUUUAUGAAAGUCUACACCAGCAUAGCCCGCACCAGCAUAGCCCGCACCAGCAUAAUUCGUAGCAGCAUCCGAAGAUCGAGUACUGACAGUUUUUGGCGCAAUGCCCUGCACUCAGGUGUGCGUCCCUUGAGCUGCCAGAAACAAUUGCCAUCGCGCCAGGAGCAUCUACAUGCGCUCACCAGAACGGAAUUCGACGUGCUGAUCAUAGGCGGUGGUGCUGCUGGCUGUGGUUGCGCUUUGGAUGCCGCCGCCCGAGGUCUCAAAACGGCUCUGGUCGAGGCUGCGGAUUUCGCCAGCGGCUAUACCUCGAAGAGCAGCAAGGUAAUCGACGGGGGGCCGACGGCAUUGCAGAAUUCCAUUCAAAGUCUGGAUGUGGCGCAAUUAAAUCUUCUAAGACAGGCAAUGAAGGAGCGUGCAGUUAUGUUGAAAAUUGCGCCUCAUUUGAAUCGACCAAUGCCCAUGCUAAUGCCCAUCUAUAGCGGACUGAAUAUGCCCAUUUGCUGGCUGGGAUGCAAACUGUACGAUAUGUUCGCGGGAAGUGCAAAUAUAAAGGGCUCGCACUUCCUCAGCAAGGAGGCAACACUCGAUGAGUUCCCGUUGCUCCGCUCCAAAGGCCUGCGCGGCUCUGUUGUCUACUAUGAUGGCCAGCAUGAUGAUGCACGCAUGUGCUUGGCGCUGGCCAUCACAGCAGCGCAGCAGGGCGCCACUGUGGUCAACCAUGUGGAGGUCAUUGAGCUAAUCAAGCAGGAUGGUUGUUGUCGAUCUGCGGGCAUGCGUGAUGUCCUGACUGGUAAGGAGUUCUAUGUCAACUCCAGGAUGGUAAUAAAUGCAACGGGAGCUUUAACCGAUCUGGUGCGCCAAAUGGACGAUUGCAAGGUUCAGCCCAUCGCCGCGCCCAGCUGUACUACGAUGGUCUCGUUGCCCAGCUACUUUGGCUCGCCACGCUAUGGUUUGGUCAGUGGUAAUGGCUCUUACAACCCUUCGCUGGUGAUGCUACCAUGGGAGAAUCACACGCUGCUCGGAAUUCUGAAUAGCGAUUGCGAGGAGCUGACCAAGGAGCCAGCGCCUACUCAGGCCCAGGUAGAUUGCUUGCUCUCGCAGGCUCGAAAAUACCUGGAGGAGAAUGUAGAGUUGGGGAAUCAUCAUAUGCGCAGCGCCUGGAUGGGCAUUAGGCCCGACGUCCAUUGGCCCUAUGAGCAUAAGUAUCAGAAACCCACUCGCCCGCUCCAAGACUAUUUGGUGGAGGUGAGCGACAACAAUAUGAUUACCAUGGCCGGGGGUCGUUGGAGCACGUAUCGGCUGAUGGCAGCCAAGGCAGUUGAUGUGGCCAUGGAGUGUUGUCCACUGGAGCCGGAGAAACCAGAGAGUAACACCUCAAAUCUUCUGCUCGACGGCGCCCAUGGCUGGCAUGGUUUGUUGCCAGUGGAGUUGAUGCAGUGUUACGAUAUACAGUCGGAUGUGGCUCAACAUUUGGCCGAUGCUUAUGGCAGUAAUGCGCACCAUUUGCUGGCCGAAAGCACUCCGGGCUCGCGAAGACGACUGCACUGCAAUUUCCCCUACAUAGAGGCCGAAGUGCAGUAUGCAGUCAGACAUGAGUAUGCCUGCACUGUGGUGGAUGUGCUGGCCAGACGUUUGAGGGUGGCCUUUGUGGACGCCGUGGCCACUCUCCACAUGCUUCCUCGAGUGCUGCACAUCAUGAGCAGGAUGAAGGAUUGGAGCGAGCAUGAUCAGAAACUGCAGCUGCUGCUGAUCCAGAAAUUUCUUUGUCGCGAGAUGGGUCUGGGUUCGUUGGUGCAACCCCGCAGCAAUGUCAAACGCAAGCAAAGUGUUUCAUCGAGCGAGGUGGACGGGCCCCUCAGGACACCCAAGGCUCCGCGCCAACUCAAGACCAGACAAUACUCUGGCCUAAUGGCACAGCCAGCCUAUGUGGAAGAGCCACCCAUUGAGCUGCCCAAGAAAUCGGUCCUUUCCAAAUCCACAUCCCCUAGCCAACAGCUCUCCUAUAGACAAAGAAAGCAGCAACUGAAACGCAAACGUAUCCAACAACAAAAACAACAACAUAUGUGUGCAAGCAAUGAAGUUGUGUUGUUACCUAAAAAGCCAGUCCAGCAGGCGAUUAUUAGACAUAAGGUGUGUAUGACGGCAAAGAUAAAAGCAACGCCGACGCCCCCAUCCUUACCCUCACCUAAUGCUUCACCCACACCCUUGCCGACGCCUCUACCCACGCUUUUGCCUCCAUUGACGCCAUCACCCAAAGCAGACUCAGUAGGAAUAAAGCCAACCUGCAGGAAUAAUACGACUUUGAGGAGCCAAUGGCGCAAUCUUUUGAUAUGCUAAGAACCUAAGAAGCUAAAGAGGAUGCAGAUAAUGAACAAGCACACGCACGCACAGCUACAAUCGGAAUAUAUAUUAUACACAUAUUAUUGCUGUUUUUUUGUUGUGCGUGCCUGUGUCUGCGCUAUCGAAACAUUACUUAUACAUAUAAAUAUAUAUGAGUAAGGAGAGGAGAGAAUGUAUUUGAAAUGCGCGCAAAAUAAAUCGUUAAAAUGUUCAACUUAAA